AAAUGAAUGUAGACUGGAGAAAUUGCCAUCACAUUCCUUUGAAAUCGAUCAUGAAGAUGUGGAUAAGGAUGAAGAUACAACAUCCCACUCAUCUUCAAAAGGUGGUGGUGGAGGAGGAGGAGGAGGAUUAGCAGCAGGAGUUUACAAGUCCGGAUGGCUUUAUAAAGGGAAUUUCAACAGCACUGUUAACAAUAGCAUUACUGUUCGGUCGUUCAAAAAGCGCUACUUCCAGCUGACACAGUUGUCGGAUAACUCAUAUAUUAUGAAUUUUUAUAAAGAUGAAAAAAUAUCAAAGGAGCCAAAGGGAUGUAUUUUCCUGGAUUCAUGUACAGGAGUCGUACAGAAUAACAGGCUUAGGAAACAUGCCUUUGAGUUGAAAAUGAAUGACCUCACAUACUUUGUGCUGGCAGCUGAAAAUGAGCAGGAUAUGGAUGACUGGAUUUUCACUCUCAACAAAAUCCUGCAAAUAAAUCCGGAGGGAACCAUGCAGGAGAGGAAAAGUGCAGAUCUCACUGAUCUGAAACUUGACCCUGCAGAAGUUUCAGUGAACUACGAUUGCUCUCAAGAAGAGACUGAUUCUUCAGAGAAUGCCUUGCACCCAGACUUUGCAAAA